AGCCAUUUCAGCUGAAGCCGUGGGAAAACCGAGAGAUGUCCUGUGGCCGGGUGCUGGUGACGUCUUGCGCCUAGCGCUGCAGGCAUGCGCUUUUUGGUGGCGUGGGACGGCAGCGAGCUUAGUACAGUCGCUCUGCGGGCCACCAUCCAUGUCUUGGCCCGACCCGGAGAUCAACUGCUGGUAUACCACGUCCGCAGUCCUGGCAGGUAUGGCGCCUCGGAGGAGUUCGAGCUGGAGAAGCUGCAGGCGCGUCUGGCCCAGGAGCUGCAAGACGCCGAGGGCCUGAAUAUCCUCUCCCAGCGCAAGAGUGGGGAGAUGGACGAGGCUGCCCAAGUGGACAGCCGGUCGCUCAUGACGGUGCACCAGAAGGAGAAAGCGGAGGCCAUGAAGAUCUCUCGCAUGAUCGUGAACUUUGCCGCCUGCACGAACGCUGACGUGUUAGUCAUGGGCAGCACUGGCCGCAAGGAGACCAACUCAGAGUGCUUCCAGCGCACGACCCUCGGCUCUUCCGCCCACCUGGCGGCCCUUGAGGCGCCCUGCUCGGUGGUCCUGAUCCGCCCGGGCUGCCGGGUGGAUCCAAAGCUGGCGACCGUCUUCAUGGUGGCUGUCGAUGGGAGCUACCACUCGCAGUAUGCCUUGCAGCUGUGUUCCGAGUGGGCUCGCCCUGACAAGGACGAGAUCGUGUGCCGCGUCUUUGGCCCGGCCGAGUUCACCGAGCCGGUGGAAAGGCUGUGCACAGACCAGCUGCAAGCGGUGAUGCGAGACAAGAAGGUGGAGUAUGCAGUCAUCCCCACCGAGCUUGACGAGAGCGCUGACGUACAUGGCGACGACAUGAGUGACGCGGCGCAGCAGUGCCGGUUCCGUCAGCAGGCGUUUCUGGUCUUCGGGGCCCGGGGCCGGCGAGCGGAAACCGGAACCGGACAACAAAUUGGAGGCGAGGCCUCGCCUUCCUCCCCUGCAGGGUCACCCCUGUCGAGCUGUGCGUCUCCCUCCGCGACGCCCACAACGUUGGGCCACGUGGCCCGGUGGUGCAUCAAGGAGGCGCAGUGCAGCCUCAUCAUCGCACGACCCAGAAUUUGGCAAUCUCCCACGGGCCUUGUCAUCCUCCGGGCUGCAUCACUGCCCUGAACUUUUUGCGCCGAAUGUACAGAGCCCACGCGGGCAGCGCCUUUUUUGGGACAUUUGCUGGC